AUGGAUAUCCUAAGUAAAAACACAAGUAUUUCUGAGUUUAUCCUGCUUGGACUUUCUCAUUCCCAAGAAAUUCAAGUAUUCUUUUUUGUUAUCUUCUUUCUUGUCUAUGUAGCCAUUGUAGUGGGGAACCUCCUCAUUGUAAUCUCUGUGAUAUGUGAUAAACAUCUUCACUCACCCAUGUACUUCCUUCUGGCAAAUCUAUCAUUUUUUGACCUAUGUCUUUCCUCUGUUGCAACUCCCAAAGUGAUUGCAGACUUCCAGAAAACCAUCUCAUUGUGGGGCUGCAUGGUCCAGAUAUUCUUUAUGCGCUUCUUUGGGGGUGGUGAGAUGUCUCUCUUGAUAGCUAUGGCCAUUGACAGGUAUGUGGCCAUAUGCAAGCCCUUGCACUACCAGACCAUCAUGAACUACAGGAUGCUCAUUGGGUUUCUGGUGCUGUCAUGGGCAGUUGGAUUCAUUCAUACCACAAGCCAAAUGGAUUUCACAGUGGGUUUACCUUUCUGUGGUCCCAAUGUUGUGGACAGCAUCUUCUGUGACCUCCCUCUGGUCAUCAAGCUGGCCUGCACUGACACCUAUAUYCYGGAGCUCCUGGUGAUUGYGGACAGUGGGCUCCUGUCCCUGGUCUGCUUCAUCCUCUUGGUCAUAUCCUACAUCAUCAUGUUCAUCACCCUCUGGCAGCGCUCCUCCAGCGCCGCCUCCAAGGCUGUGUCCACACUCUCUGCUCACAUCACUGUAGUGACUCUCUUCUUUGGCCCUGGUAUCUUCAUCUAUGCUUUUCUGUUCAAUAGUUAUUCUGUAGAUAAGUUUCUGUCUGUGUUUUACUCUAUAAUCACCCCCUUCCUUAAUCCAAUUAUUUAUACUUUGAGGAAUCAGGAGAUGAAGGCAGCCAUUAAGAGACUGAGCAGUCAACAGAUUGGUUCCUGUGUUUUCUCUUAG